UUUCUGAGCUUCAUCAUCCUGACAUGGUCAAACGAUUACAGUUGGUCUCCAUGUUUCAGAAAAACAAUAGGAUUAAGGAUGUCGAUGAUAUUCUUCAAUUAAAAUAAAUAUAAUUUCACUUUUCAAAUACUAGAAGUGCUAUCCAGUGCAUACGCUUCAAUGCUCUCAAUGUAUCGUUAGUCUCAAGCUGGGUGCGAUUAAUACCAACCAACGUCGUUGAGAAGUGCAGGGAAGCUUCAAGCGGUGUCGUUUCAAUGAUCUGAUCUCUGAUGUCAAUGAGACGAAAAUACGGAAAUGAAAUGAGCAUUACUAUUCGAUUCGAGGAUUACAUUCGUGAAUUUGCUUUGUGAAAAUUGGAACAAAGGAAUUCAUAGCAAUUGAUUGCAAUUUCACACAAUUUACAGUGUUUGUAUCGGUUUCCACCUACUGUAAAAAAUACAUACCUUACGUCUAGAUACAAUAUCAACCAUGCGUAGCAUUCAACAGCUGCUCAUCACAACUUCCCACGGUUCUUAAUAAGGAAAAAUUCUCGUUCAACUUCUCCACCCGCCCCAACGGGUAAAUCACAUCCACUUUCUGGUGCAAUUACUACAGUUCCUCGAGUCUAUACAAUGCCAUCGCUUUGAACUCUCACAUACACAUCGAUCAGGUUCAAAUAGUGCGAAAUUGCAGCUGAGUUCCGACGCGAUCGCUUGUUCAGCGACGAGUUCUGAUUGCAUUUCCCAUUCCGUACACACAUCGACCGAUCGUCAAAUUGUGACAACGCGCAUGUUGUGAACGUAAAGUGUGAAACCUACCACCAGAGAGCAUAGAACAUAACCCCAGCGAUUCGUGGUAACAAGUGCGAACCGCAGAAAGGCGGAAUGUAAAUUGAUAAGAAGUGUUACUAUCGAAACAAAAAAGCGAACCCAACGCAAGUUCUACAAAUUAACUGUGUGAAAAGAAAGUUACUGUCAUCAGUAGUCAGCUGCUGGUCUCGGUCAACGAAAGUGGAGGACCGUGAUUUUUUUUUGCCUUCGCGUCGUUCCAAUUUUGGACAGACAAAUAAUUCGAGCCAAGGGUGGUUUAUGGAACCUAUAAGGAGCCACUGAAGCGUGGAGUGCGAUUGUUUGUUUGCUGACUUGGGACAUAAAAAUAUUCACUUACACAACAGAAGCUAUCAAAAAACAAUGGCGAAAGAAUCGGAAAAUUCGAUGGAAAUGCGCCCCCCGAACGCAACGAAAAUAAUCACACCCACCACUAUUGACCGGGCCGAGACAGCGAGUCUACUGGUGCGCAGUCACAGCGCAACGGAAAUAGACGGUGCCCGACGAAACCGUGGCCAGCAAACCCAAGUGUACGAUGUCCACAAAGGAAUCGCCGAGAGUGCAAUGGAUAUAUCGCUGCUGACGGCCAAUGCCAACCAGCUGCGACUGCUAAUAACCUACAACAACCGCUCGAAGACGUACAUCGCGUGCAUUACGUUGGUCAUUAUUUCGCUGGUUCUGCAGGUGCUGGUGGCCAGUGGGGUUAUUAUUAUUAGGAGUCAACCAAAAUCGAAACGAAGUGUCCGGAUGGAACGACUGAAGAUCGCCACCUCUAUUGGAGUGUCUAUCAUAACGGUUAUCAAUAUUCUUGUGGCGUCCUUAGUUGUAACCGAUGGAUCGAGCUCUUCAAGUGUGCCCUAACCGCAAACGUUCCUUGGUAACCCCGUGAUGUACACUAGUUGCACAUUAGUAAUAAACAUAAUCGAUUCAGUAAUCAAACCCGAAUGCUCGAUUCUUCGUUCUCAACCACUGAACGGUGCGAGGUUAUUUCCGUGAGUUUAGAUUUUUCCUGCUAUAACAUCGUAUCUAUCGUUACAUCCACAUUCAGUUAGGAUUCUGAUUCCAAUCGAAACAAUUUAUUCGAGCACAGGGAAAAAUGAAUAAUUCAUCAGUCGCAAGAUCCCACAUUACCGUGCCGCCGGGAGAGAGAAGAACGUCCGAAGCACUUCCGCCGCUGGCAGUCACCCCAACGAGUGGAUCGAUCUACGAUGGCGAGUCGAACUAUGCGUUCAAAUUCGAUCAGAACCAUUAUGAUCUGUAUCGAAGCGUCAUUGAGAUCGCUCUGAAUGUGUCGUUUAUGGCGGCCACCAGCAAUCAGCUGAGACUCUUAAUUAGUUUCCGCGAGGCGCAGAAUUUUACCGCCAGCACGGGUCUGGUUACACUGUCGCUUAUGAUGCAGAUCUUGAUAGGAAUCAACCUGGUGACGAUUGCGUUGAACCAUCACUACACGUGGAUAAAAUUGAAGGCCUUCACAUCGAUUGCGUCCAUACUGCUAACAGUUGUUAAUAUUCUCAUUCCUUUCAUCAUCAACUUCGAGCAUUCGAUGGUGGAUUACUCUGAAAUUUAUAGACAUCAUUGAUACUUGUGUUAUUGUAUAGUAUUUUUAGUG